AUGGCCGAAGAUUCUGACCCUUUUGAAUGUCGCCUGGUUUUCCUGUCAUUACUUAACAAGCUCAAUGCAUCACAGCAAUCAAUAUACAAAGUCGCAAGUUAUGCCAUGCGCCAUCGACGACUGUCAGAGGAUCUCUACAGUUGUCUGAUUGAAGAACUCGAACAGGCGUCAAUAAACGCUCGCUUAAACAUCGUUUACGUACUCGACGCCAUCUUCUCAGCCAGUCUGAAAUCACGCUUUACAGGAUAUGUAGACCUUACUCGCCAAGACCUCGGUAGGAUUGUGCAGGCAGUUGUCCCAAGUGAUCCCAAGGGCGUUGUUAAUCUACCAAACAUGCGCAAGAUUCUUAAUCAUUGGAAACAAAAGAGAAUAUUUGAGAUUAACGAGAUUGAGCAAGCAGAGAAACCAUUAUUGGGUCGAGAAACAAGUUCUCAUACAACUGGUGACGGGUUUUCAAAAGAUGACAUCUUGCGUCGUAUGGAAGAAGACCGAGAAAGGCACAAGAAGUUGAGGGAAGAAAUCUGGAUUAGAUCUGUAGAUGAAUCACCAGACGCCCAAUUUGAGGAACUCUGGGAGAGUACAGACCCUUUGGAUCCAGAGACUGACUACGAGGCAAUGAUGGUCCAGAAUAUGAUGCGACUUCCUCACUAUGCCUGGCAUAUGAUGCUCUCUCAACGCACAACUACUACACAAGACCAAGACACAGAGAUGUGUGAAGUGUCUUCAUAA